AUGGGGUCAGUUUGCUGUGUGGCUGCGAGUGUGAGGGACAAAGAUCUUCCUAGUCGACCUGGAAGUGGAGCUAUUCAUAAUCCAAUGUGCUCACCACCUUGGAGUUUUCGGCGGGAUAACAGGAGGCGUGUGGCUGAUGAGAUCGAAGAAGCACCAUAUCAUAACACCUAUGUUGGGAGCAGGGUUAAUAGGAUGAAUAAGAUGUCGUUAGGCUUAGAGAGAGGACCUCGAUCUGAAAGGGGAAGCUUUCCUGGGAAUUUAGCUACUUCUGCCUCUCGGAAUCCUGCAAACUCAGAAAUGGGCACAACUUCGAUGGUUUUGCCUCCUCUAAUGGGCACAAGUGCCAUGAUUCAGUCUGCUUCAGAUGUAUCCUCGACAAGCCCUGUUUGUGUUCAGGUGAAGAAUUUAGUGGACUCACCAGAUAUUGUUUCAGCAGGUUUACCAAAGCCUUCAAGUUUCAGCUCCGUCUGCGAUCUUCCAUCAGCUCACACACAUCUGCUUCCUCCCAGAUCAACUCUAUCUAGACGAGCUCGAGGGUCACCUGGGCAGCAGUUGUUUAGGCAGGUUUCCGAUAGUCCAACUUUGGGAUUGAAAUCUCCUAAUAAUUAUUCAGCAUCUGAAGGAAGGUCGUCCUUUGUGCUUUCGACCUGUAGCAAUGACUUUGCCACUGGGUCCCAUUUUGCUUCUUCUGAAGGUGGCUGGUCCAUGAACGCCGUUUGUGAGCUUGUGGCUCAAUCUCAAAGGGAGAGAUGGUCAUUUGAUAGUGAACACUUAGGUUCUGGACGACGGAGACUAAGUGGGUGUGGUAGUAGCAGAUUCUCGUGCUCCCCUUCUGUAGAUCAGCAGAUUUGUGGGAACUGCUCAAAGCCUUUAACUGAGAGGUCUUCAAUUGCCAGAUUUGACCUUCCAAUUGCUGCUGUUCUAGCAUGUGGCCAUGUUUACCAUGCGGAAUGCUUAGAGACCAUGACAAGUGAGACGGAAAAGUAUGAUCCUCCAUGUCCCAUAUGCGCAAUUGGGGAGAAACAUGUUGCGAAAAUAUCGAAGAAAGCCCUAAAGGCUGAGGCAGAAUUGAAGGCAAGGAACUACAAAAGAUGUAAAAACCGUGUGAUAGAUAGUUACGUUGGUAGCGAAUGUAACGAACUACAGAAAAUGGGAAAAGGAGAAGGAAAAGCUCUGAAGAUGGAUCCUAGUUCGAGUACGAAAGGCUCAUCGUCUAAGUCUUUUUUGAAAUGGCAUUUCGGUUCCAACAGCUCCAAGUGUAGUAAACCCAUAGCCAGAGAGUCAACAUCGAAGAAGAGCUUUUGGUCUAGACAUAGUAUUAUUAGAAGACCAAGUCAUUCUUCUUCAACCAUUGAGGGCCCUAGCCAGAGAACAUGA